AUGGCCCCAGAGUUCGACAGCAGGUGGGAGCGCAGGACGUGGCCUGAGCUGAACCGUCUGGCCGCCGAUGUCCCCGAGGCCGGCAUUCACUUUCAAAAGAGCCGCGUCUUUAGACGCAAGAAGGACAUUGAGGCUGGCGGCAACCCCUACGACGCACUCUACGCCGUCGACCCGUGGUACCGCAACGUCCUCCCGGACUACCGGGAACUCUCAAAAGACGAGCUGCCCCCCAACGCCUACUCCGGAUCCGAAUUUACCUCGGUCUGUAUCAACACGGCGCUCUACCUGCCCUACCUCGUAGGCCAGUGCCGCAAGAACGGCAUCGUCUUCAAGCGCGGCGACGUCGCGCACGUCAAGGAGCUGACGUCCCUGCACCACUCCGGCAAGCCCGCCGACGUCAUCGUCAACAGCUCCGGGCUGCUGGCGUGCAAGCUGGGCGGCGUGGAGGAUAAGAGUGUCGUGCCCGCCCGCGGACAGGUCGUGGUUGUGCGAAACGAGGUCGAGCCGAUGGCGACCAUCUCCGGCACGGACGACGGGCCGACGGAGGUGUGUUACAUGAUGACACGGGCUGCCGGCGGCGGCACGAUCCUGGGCGGGACGUACGACAAGGGGAACUGGGACGCCAACCCAGAUCCGAACAUUGCCAUUCGCAUCAUGAAGCGAUGCGUCGAGCUGUGCCCGAGCUUGACGAACGGUAAAGGGAUCGAGGCGCUUAGCAUCAUCCGCCACGGUGUUGGCUUGAGGCCAUAUCGCGAGGGCGGGCUCAGGCUCGAGAUUGACAAGACAACUUUGGAAGAUGGAACGCCGAUUGUGCACCACUACGGCCACGCUGGAUGGGGAUACCAAGGAUCUUAUGGCACAGCUGAGGGUGUUGUUGAGUUGGUGAAUCAGAUUCGGGCGGACAAGGGGGAGAAUUUGGCUGCUGAGCCCAACCUUUUCUCCUGGGACCGGCCGAGCAAGUUCUACAGUGUGGUCCACCCUGAGACGACAAAGAACACACCGUGUAAUUUGGACCCUGCAGCCACAGCUGCACCUCCACCUACACUUCGAGACAGCUUUCAGAAGCUCCCCCUGCGCAUCAUCAAGCUUUCUCAGUCUACGCACUACAGCCUGCGAAGCCUCACCAUGGCCGAUGCAGCGCCCCCCAUCUACGUGCAAGUGCCUCGAUUUGUGCUAGACGUUGCCAAUGGCCGGCAUGCACUCUCCAAGGCCGUACCACCCCUCCUCCUUGCGCUAGAUGCCGUCCUCUGUGGGCUCAUCAUCUGGAAAAUCCCCUAUACGGAAAUCGACUGGGUAGCCUACAUGGAACAGGUCUCCCAAUACGUCUCAGGCGAGCGCGACUACACCAAAAUCAAAGGCGGCACUGGGCCUCUCGUCUACCCUGCCGCCCACGUGUUCACAUACACAGGACUAUACUACCUAACUGACGAGGGCAAGAAUAUCUUUCUGGCCCAGCAACUGUUUGCUAUCCUAUAUCUGGCGACUCUCGCCGUUGUGAUGGCAUGCUACUGGCAAGCAAAGGUCCCGCCCUACAUCUUCCCGCUCCUGAUCCUCUCCAAGCGUCUCCACAGCGUCUUUAUUCUGCGCUGCUUUAACGACUGCUUCGCGACCCUCUUCCUCUGGCUCGCCAUAUUCUUCUUCCAGAAGCGACUAUGGACACCGGGCGCGGUACUUUACAGCUGGGGGUUGGGAAUCAAGAUGUCACUGCUGCUCGUCCUGCCUGCCGUAGGCGUCGUUCUCUUCCUCGGACGCGGAUUUGGAGGAAGCCUGCGUGCGGCAUGGCUGAUGGCACAGGUACAGAUUGUCAUCGGGAUCCCCUUCGUCUCGAACAACGCCAACGGAUACCUCGGCCGCGCGUUCGAGCUGUCGCGGCAGUUCUUCUUCAAGUGGACGGUCAACUGGCGUUUCGUGGGCGAGGAAACCUUCCUCAGCAAGCCCUUUUCGAUUGCGCUACUGGGGCUGCACGCGGCCGCCCUACUCGUCUUUGUCUUCACGCGGUGGCUCAAUCCCACGCAGAGACCCCUGUCUUCCUUGCUCCCAGCGAUGCUCCAAGGCAAAUCCCCCUUCUCGGCGCUAGAGGAGGCCCAGGUGGCCAGCCGGGUCACGCCGCGCUACGUUCUGACAACGAUCCUCUCGGCCAACGUCAUGGGCCUUCUCUUUGCCAGGUCUCUCCAUUACCAGUUCUACGCCUAUCUAGCCUGGUCAACACCGUACCUCCUCUGGCGCAGCGGUCUCCCCUUCUACGUGGUGUACAUCCUCUGGGCCGCGCAGGAAUGGGCAUGGAACGUAUAUCCUAGCACGGACCUGAGUUCGGAGUUCGUCGUCGGCGUGAUGGCAGUGACGGUGGCUGCUACGUGGUUCGGCACGGCAGACGAGGGCGCGCCGGCAGUAAAGCCAGAGUCCAAGAAGCGGUGA